AUGAGUAACGACAAUAUACCCAUGAAACCAAUAGCUUCUACAAGAAGUGCAUCUGCGUUUUUAUUAGGAAAUGUACAGUCUCAACAGGCAACUUUAGUACCAGAAAGCGAUAAUAUAAAUAACAACAUAGAAUACCAGGGGUUAAGUGCGGCAUCUACUCCGUCACAAUUUUAUGGCAAUGGUAUUAAUUCUAACUACUACAGCGUAAAUAGCGAUGAUUUUAUUAAUGACAAGCAAGGGCAGGAAAAAUCCAACGAACAAGAUAUUAUACUUACAUCGUUAAACUCGCCUGAAGAAGAAACGACCGAGGAAAAAAAACAUUUUUUAGACGAAGAUGAUCCAAUUGACUAUCCCGAAGGUGGUUUGAAAGCUUAUUUGGUCAUACUUGGCUGUUUUUUUGGUUUGAUACCAACUUUUGGUAUUUUAAACACAAUGGGUGUUAUAGAAACAUAUAUCCAACAACGACAGUUGGUAGAAUUAAAUUCUUCUACAAUAGGUUGGAUUUUCUCUCUAUUCUCAUUUGUUAACUUUUCAACUUGCAUUUUCAGUGGGACUUAUUUUGAUAGAAGAGGCUGUAGGGCUUUGUUAAUUGGUGGUGCACUAUUGCAUUUUGCAGGUUUAUUUGGUCUCGCUUCAAGUACUAAACUAUGGAUGUUUAUUGUUAGUUUCAGUCUGGUCUGUGGUGCUGCCAACGGUAUGCUGAUGAGCCCAUUAGUGAGCGUUCCGAGCCACUAUUUUAAAAAGAAAAGAGGCCAGUUUACUGCGAUAGCUACAACGGGUGGUAGUAUUGGUGGUAUCGUCUUUCCAAUAUUGCUGAGAAAAAUGUUUCAAUUGACAAGCACAAGUGACGAAUUUUAUGGGUUCAAAUGGGGCAUUAGAACUUUAGCAUUUUUGAAUAUAUUCUUAUUAACUUGUAGUGUCUUAUUGGUGACUGAGAGAUUUCAUGAUGAAAGCGAUAAGGAAAAAUCAUUCCUACAAAUCUAUGUGUUAAAUGCGUUUGAUUUUAAGGCUUUUAAAAAUUAUAACUAUUUGUUUUGCGUUAUUGGCACUUUAUUCGGUGAAAUGUGCAUCACUUGUUCUUUAACCUAUUACGGUGCUUAUUGUACAGCUGUUGGAAUUAGUGACAGCAAUGCUUAUUUGUUGAUUAUGCUUGUCAACAUAAUGGGUAUACCAGGUCGGUGGAUUCCAGGUUAUAUUAGUGAUCUGUAUGGCAGAUUCAAUGUUGCUAUAUUAACUUUGCUUAUGUUAACAUUGAUUACUUUGGUGGCUUGGUUACCAUUUGGUGGCGAUGGUCUACGUGUAAUGUACGGUGUUUCUAUAUUAUACGGUUUCACUAGUGGCUCCAUUUUUUCUUUACUGCCGGUUUGUUGCGGUCAAAUCAGUAAGACUGAGGAAUUUGGUAGAAGAUAUUCUACAAUGUAUUUUGUCGUUUCGUUUGGCACUCUGGUGGGGAUUCCAAUCAGUGGUGCCAUUAUUGGACCAGAUAAAACGUAUCAUGGCUAUCAAAACUUCAUUAUUUGGACUGGCAUUUUAGCAUUUGCAAGUGCAUGUUGUUAUUUUUUAUCUAGGGCAUUUUGUGUAGGGCUGAAAUUUUGUAAGUUUUAA